CUCACCUUUUGUUUGCUACAUCAUCAUCAUCAUCAUCAUCAUCGAAAUCUGCGUCUUUGUGGCUUGCUUGCCUCCUUCGAUUCCGUCAUCUCCUACACAGUGAUAGACAACGCACCCCCACCCCUCUGACGUCGUUCUUCCUCCCUCCUCUCUCCGUCCGUUGGUGCGACCCGUUUCUAAAUUGUCAUCUGGGGUCGCCCAAUUCACGAAAUUCCGCGGAAAUCCUUUUCCAAGAACGUGGAAUUCACCUCAGUUAUUAGAUCAUCCGUUGUUCUCUUUCUUCUGCUUCAAUUGUACCAUAUUCCUUUCCCAUGGCUGCGCCGGAGCUCGCCCAGACCGAUCCAGAGGGGAUUGAAGGAGUCCGGAUGACGUGGAAUAGCUGGCCGCGGACGAAGGUGGAGGCGUCCAAGUGCGUGAUCCCGAUCGCAGCCUCAAUUCAGCCGAUCCGCCCGCACGUGGAUCUUCAGGUGCUUCCCUACCCGCCCCUCCGAUGCAAGACGUGCUCCGCCGUGCUGAACCCGUUCUGCCGCGUUGAUUUCACCGCUCGCAUGUGGAUCUGCCCCUUUUGUUUUCAAAGGAACCAUUUUCCGCAGCAUUAUUCGUCCAUUUCGGAGACGAAUGUGCCGGCCGAAUUGUACCCUAAUUUCCCCUCAAUUGAGUACUCGAUUCAGAAUUAUCAGAAUCCGCAGGGUUACAAUCCUGUUGCCGCCCCACCUCCGAUUUAUUUGUUUGUUUUGGAUACGUGUAUGCUCGAGGAGGAGUUGGAGUUUGCUAAGUCGGCGCUGAAACGCGCCAUUGGGAUGCUUCCAGAUAGUGCCAUGGUUGGAUUAAUUUCGUAUGGUACACAGGUGCAGGUCCAUGAGUUGGGGUUUUCAGAGAUGUCUAAGGUUUAUGUGUUUAGAGGAUCCAAGGAUGUCUCAAAAGAUCAGGUCUUGGAACAGUUAGGACUUGGCGCUUCUGGUGCUAGACGGAUGGGGCCAAACAUUCCGAAAGGUGGUGGUGGACUUAGUCCUGCUGCGGCAGGAGGUGGCCCCAAUGCGGGGAUCAAUAGAUUCUUGUUGCCAGCUUCUGAAUGUGAAUAUACCUUGAAUUCGUUGUUGGAUGAAUUGGCCACGGAUCAAUGGCCAGUGGCACCAGGGAAUAGGUCAUUGAGGUGUACUGGAGUUGCUCUGAGUGUUGCGGCAGGGUUGCUGGGGACUUGUACAGCAGGAACUGGUGCGCGGAUUGUUGCACUAGUGGGAGGUCCAUGCACAGAAGGUCCUGGAGUGAUUGUAUCAAAAGAUUUGUCCGAUCCAGUCCGUUCACAUAAGGAUCUUGACAAGGAUGCAGCAGCAUUCUUUAAAAAAUCAGUGCAGUUCUACGAUGAACUUGGAAAGCAGUUGGUUAAUCAGGGGCACGUGUUGGAUGUCUUCGCUGCUGCACUUGAUCAGGUCGGCAUUGCUGAGAUGAAAGUAGCUAUAGAGAAAACUGGUGGACUUGUAGUUUUGGCUGAAAGUUUUGGCCAUUCUGUUUUCAAGGAUUCGUUCAAGCGCAUUUUUGAAGAUGGGGAGCAGAAUCUUGGACUUUCAUUCAAUGGCACAUUGGAGAUCAACUGCUCAAAAGAUAUAAAAGUUCAAGGAAUCAUCGGACCAUGCACAUCACUUGAGAAGAAAGGACCUGCUGUUGCCAGCACAUUUAUAGGACAGGGGAAUACAACAGCCUGGAGAUUAUGUGGCCUAGACAAGAAUACUUGCUUGACUGUUUUCUUUGAUGUUUCUUCGACUGAAAAGUCUGAUCCUGCUGGGUCAAACCCUCAAUUAUACAUACAGUUUCUGACAAGUUAUCAGAACCAUGAUGGUCAGAUGCGAUUCAGGGUCACAACUGUUACUAGACAAUGGGUGGAUGGUGCUUUGGGAAAUGAGGAUUUGAUUCAAGGAUUUGAUCAAGAAGCUGCUGCUGUAGUUAUGGCUAGACUGGCAUCGUACAAGAUGGAGAUUGAGGAAGGGUUCGAUGCCACGAGAUGGCUGGAUAGGAGCCUGAUUCGUCUAUGCUCAAAAUUUGGAGAGUACCGAAAAGAUGAUCCUGCCUCAUUCUCUUUAAAUCCAUGUUUUUCUUUGUUCCCUCAGUUCAUGUUUAAUCUGCGUAGAUCACAGUUUGUGCAGGUAUUUAAUAACAGUCCAGAUGAGACAGCCUAUUUCCGCAUUCUAUUGAAUCGGGAGAAUAUAAGCAAUGCUGCAGUCAUGAUUCAACCGUCAUUAAUAUCAUAUGCAUUUGAUUCAUUGCCUGCACCAGCUUUACUUGAUGUCCAAUCCAUUGCAGCUGAUCGCAUCCUCUUACUGGAUGCAUAUUUUAGUGUAGUUAUUUUUCAUGGAAUGACGAUAGCUCAAUGGAGAAAUAUGGGCUACCAGAAUCAGCCAGAACAUCAGGGUUUUGCCCUCCUGUUACAAGCCCCUCAUGAUGAUGCCCAAUUAAUAAUUCGUGACCGCUUUCCUGUACCUAGACUUGUAGUCUGUGAUCAACAUGGCUCUCAGGCAAGAUUUCUGUUGGCAAAGUUGAACCCUUCCGCAACCUACACCAAUGCACAUGAAAUGAGCACUGGCUCUGACAUUAUCUUCACCGAUGAUGUGAGUUUGCAAGUCUUUAUUGAUCAUCUUCAGCGGUUGGCAGUCCAAGGUUCUUGAGAGUAAGUGCAGCAUGUUCAGUGUGUAUAAGUUUCACUUUUCUCAUCUCAAUGGUUUCUUGGUUUAUAUAUCGAAAAAUCCAGUGUCAUUUUACUACUCCCAUUUACCUAUAUUUGAACUGUGAGGAAUGAGGUUAGGCAGGCCAUCUACUAUAUGAGCAAUAUGUGGUAAAGACUGUUUCUUAUAGUUUUCGGUUCUUUUGGGAAGCCUUGAAGGGAUUUGUAAUUUUAGUAGAAUUGGAUUUAAAGCAGCCAUAGUUGUAAGUUAAACAGGACAAUUUUGGACUGAGAGCAGGGGGUAAUCAGGCUAUAUAUUGUUAAUUAUUGUGCUACUAUUUUAUUUUUUAUUUGUGAUUGAAUUAAAGGACUGUGAUGAGUAGUCCAGACUUAUAAUGGUUAAAUGGUUUUUCAGA